UUAUAUCUCUCUUUUUCUCCUUCUUUCAUUUUAUUUGUAUACCUUUAUAUAGUGAUAUCGAAGAUCCUGCAAGACAGAAUAUGCACAUAAAACUUUCGUUCUUGUGAGUUCGAGACUCCCAAGCUAUGGCGGAGAAGGUUACGAUAAUGAAGUUGACGGUCGAUCUAGCAUGUUCCAAAUGCUACAAAAAGGCCAAGAAAGCUAUCCGCAAAUUCCCUCAAAUAAGAGACGAAUUGUACGAUGAGAAGACUAACACAAUCAUCAUAAAGGUGGUUUGUUACGAUCCUGAGAAGCUUAUGAACAAACUCUGCUACAAAGGAGACCGUUCUAUUAAGUCCAUAGUGAUCCUCGAACCACCUAAGCCGCCUCCAGCCCAGGCUCAACCUUCUGAGAAGUCCAAAGAGCCCGAGAAGGUUCCAGCUCCAGCUCCGGUUCAAGCCCCAACUCGAGUUUUUAUUCAGGCUCCAGCUCCGGCUCCGGCUCCCCAACUGAUGCCAAUUAGUGCGUAUCAUUGUGGGCCGUACUAUGAGGCCCAACAGUACCAGUAUUCCUGGAGGCCCGUCAACGAAAGCUGGGGAGGUGGGCCACACCCACACUGUUGUCACGAAGUCACGUACCAACAAAGCUGCUCCAUCAUGUGAAUGUGAAAAACGAAACUU